UAACAACCUACCUAGUUAACCAUGAUCGUCGAGCCGCAUCUGGCAUCCAAUGGAAGCUUUCUCUCGCAAUUUCUCGUGCACCAAAAUUUAGCCUCAUUGGAAAUAGCCUCUAUCAAUACGGCCUUUGUUACAUGCUUACUCCGGAGAACCCUUACAAUUGACGCUCAAUUGGCUCGGCCGUCAACCGGUUUUUCUUUGAAGCCAGCUUUCCUUUUCGGCUCUUCGAGCACCUCAGGACCCCGCAUAACGUUGACCCCAAAAUGGCCGCGGUAUUGGCUGACGGCAAGAACGACCAUCUGGUCCAGUCCGACAACCCCAGCCACCCUGCGAACCUGAUUCCUUCCCUAUGCGCCAAAUUCUGGACUCUGGGGUGGGUGACGGGGACAGGAGGAGGAUGCUCCAUCCGCGAAGGUGACCUUGUGUAUAUUGCCCCGUCCGGGGUGCAGAAGGAGCUCAUGAAGGCAUCCGACAUCUACGUCCUUUCGCUGGCCGCGCAGGCCGCCUCGCUCGACCGGCGCAACCGCGUCUAUCUGCGCAGCCCGCCCCAGCUCCGGCCGUCGCAGUGCACCCCGCUGUUCCUGGCGGCCUUCGCCAAGAGGCGGGCCGGCUGCUGCAUCCACACCCACUCGCAGUGGGCCGUGCUGCUCACCCUCAUCCUCGAGACCCGGGGGCCCGGCCGCGACCGUGAGUUCCUCAUCAAUAACGUCGAGCAGAUCAAGGGCUUCGGGCGCGGCUUCGACAAGGCCGGGAACCUGGGCUACCACGACACCCUGAGGAUCCCCGUCAUAGAGAACACCGCCCACGAGGAGGACCUCACCGAGUUUCUCGAGGAGGCGAUGGAUAAAUAUCCCGACACCUACGCCGUCCUGGUGCGGCGGCAUGGCGUCUAUGUCUGGGGCGAGACGGUGCACAAGGCGAAGACUCAGUGCGAGAGUCUAGAUUAUCUUUUCCAGCUCGCAGUAGAGAUGGAGAAGCUGCGACUCCCCUGGGUGACAGACAUCGAACCCGUGGUACCACAGAGAGCACAGCAGCCAUGAGGCAGCAAGUAGAGGGUUGAAAACAUGCGCAGAGUAGAUUUGACGUUGUACACGGAUCGCCAGCGCGCCCAUUUCAAUUGAUUACCUAAAUAUCCAAGGUAUCUCCCGAUUGUCCCUGAUCACUCCAGCCAUUAUGAACCAAUCCCGCCUGACCUUCUGCCAUCCGUCAUACCGUCGUUCCAACCUUCCAUCCCCCACCAUGAGGUAUCACAAUAGAAUUGUAUGACUCAAAGGGCAAGGAACGCAGCCAAGAAGCCCAACAAACCAACGGCCG